AUGAAUCAAUCAAGAAAGGAAUUACUAGAACAGCAGAAUAAUGAGUCAGUCUUAUUAGAUAAUCCUUUUAGAUGGGUAUUAUUUCCAAUAAAAUAUAACAGACUGUGGAGUUUAUAUAAAAAAUACGAGGUAUCGUUUUGGACAGCAGAAGUUAUAUCUCCAAUGGAAGAUAAGGCCAAAUUAGAAAACUUGGAUGAGAAGCUCAUUAAUUACAUUGAAAUGAUUUUUGCAAAACGUAUCUAUAUUGAUGAUACUUGUUUAGAUACUGUUAUGUUAACAUGUGAAUUAUUAGGACAAGUACAGGUACCAGAAGCAAGAGGUUAUUUUUCAUUUACAAUGUGUAUGGAGAAUAUAUAUAAAGAACUAUUUAUGAAUUACAUUGAAAUGAUACGUCAAAACAUAACAAAGAAAGAAAAGAUUGAAGAAAAGAGUAAAGAUGAAGAAAAUGUUAGUGGCCAGAAUCUGGAUAAUAUUGUUUUAAAAGAGGAAUAUGGAUAUAACUUGGAGAAGAAACUUAAUGAGUUGGAAGAUUUUACCAAAAUGAAGGAAUUGAUGGGUAACUUUUUUGAUGAGGAUACCUUAUUUAGUGAAAAACUGGUGUAUUACUCAAUAAUUAAGAAGAUAUUUUCGUGUAGUAUACACUUACUUAGAUUUUCAUUCUCAAUGGGAAAUAGACCAGAAUCUGAGUUACCUACUCAACUUUGUGAUGGUUUGGAUAGAAUUCGUAGAGAUGAGCAGUACCAAGUUGAAUUUUGUUUGAAUAUUGCAAAAUCUAUGAAAACUAAACCAAGUAAUGAUCAAGUAGUUACCUUACUAGAACAGGCCAUUAUGUUAGAGAAGAAUUUCAUAUUUUCAGUUGUAGAUCCACAAGUUCUCCAGCUUGAAAGAGAAGAUAUUGUUGCUUUUAUUUUAUAUAAUGCUGACGAAAUACUCGUGGAUUUGAAAUACCCAAGACAAUUCAAUGUUUCCAACCCAUUUACAAAUAUUGUUAAUGAAUUUCCGGCUCCUUCUCAAGAAGAAGCUAUUGCUAGGCAGACUCUUACACAAACUCUUAAGGCCGCUCACUAUAAGACUUACCAAGAGAUUUCUAAUAACCAAUUCUCAACAUCUCAAGAUUUCUAA